AGUAAAUCGGGACUACGUGAUGAAAAGUAAAAGCUUCUACAUGCCGAGUUACACAGAUUGAAAGGCAACUUUCUCGUUGAGCUACAAUGGGGCUCCCCACUUUGGAGUUCAGUGACUCUUUCCUGGACAGUCCGGACUUCAGAGAGCGUCUCAAAUGCCAUGAAAUAGAGCUGGAGCGGACGAAUAAAUUCAUCAAAGACCUCAUCAAGGAUGGGAACAUGCUCAUCACUGCGCUCAAGAAUCUUUCUGCGGCCGUACAGAAGUUCUCCCAGUCCCUGCAGGAGUUCCAGUUUGAGUGCAUAGGUGAUGCAGAGACAGAUGACGAGGUGAACAUUGCCCAGUCAUUCAAAGAGUUCUCCCAGCUGUUGAACACUGUCGAGGAAGAAAGAAGACGUCUGAUUCAGAACGCUGAUGAUGUUUUGAUUACACCCUUGGAAAAAUUUCGGAAGGAGCAAAUCGGUGCUGCGAAGGAGGGGAAGAAGAAAUUCGAUAAGGAGACAGAGAAAUACUACUCCACACUUGAGAGACACCUCAACUUGUCAUCCAAAAAGAAGGAGGCAUAUCUGCAGGAGGCUGACACACAGAUUGAUAAGGAGAGGCAGCUCUUUUAUGAUGCGUCCCUUGAGUACGUUUUCAAAAUACAAGAAGUGCAAGAAAAGAAGAAAUUCGAGUUUGUUGAGCCGCUCCUGUCCUUUCUUCAGGGCUUGUUUACAUUCUACCAUGAAGGAUAUGAGCUGGCUCACGAAUUUGAGCCGUACAAACAGCAGCUCCAGUUCAACCUACAGAACACACGAAACAACUUUGUGAGCACCAAGCAGGAAGUGGAGAAGCUGAUGAAGAGGAUAAGGUCUGCAGAUCAGGACUAUAAACCCCCGGGCCAGUGGACGAUGGAAGGCUUCCUGUACGUCCAGGAGAAACGUCCCCUGGGAUGCACUUGGACACGUCACUACUGCACGUACGAGAAAGGCAGCAAGACCUUUACCAUGAGCAACACUGAGAAUAAGUCGGCCGGGAAACAGAAUGGUCUUGUCCUGAACCAGCCAGAGAUGUUCAAACUCAAGUCCUGCAUUCGGAGGAAAACAGACUCCAUCGACAAGCGUUUCUGCUUUGAUAUCGAAGUGGUGGAGAGAAAUGACAUCUAUCGUGGAACUCUUUUCAGACCACUUCAGUUUUUCUGUAAAGUCCGGCAUGGCGUUAUGACACUGCAGGCACUGUCAGAGUCCAACAGAAGACUGUGGCUGGAGGCCAUGGAUGGCAAGGAGCCGAUUUACAACUUGCCAGCCAUAUUAAGCAAAAAGGAAGAGACAUUUCUUAAUGAGGCGGGAUUUAACUUUGUAAGGAAAUGCAUUGACCUGGUGGAGAUGAGAGGUAUAACUACAAUGGGGCUGUACAGAAUUGGAGGGGUCAACUCCAAAGUGCAGAGGCUAAUGACCACAGUCUUUUCAUCCAAGGCAUCUGUGGAUAUGGACCUGGAUCCGGAGACGUGGGACAACAAAACUAUCACCAGUGGUCUGAAGAAUUACCUCAGGUGUCUCUCUGAGCCUCUAAUGACCUUCAAGCUCCACAAAGAUUUUAUCCUGGCUGUCAAGUCAGAUGACCAGAACUACAGGGUGUGUGCUGUCCAUGCCUUGGUUCAUAAGCUGCCCGAGAGGAACAAGCAAAUGCUGGAGCUACUAAUAAAACACCUUGUCACCGUUUCCACACAAAGCCAGUACAACCUGAUGACAGUGUCCAACCUGGGUGUCAUCUUUGGGCCCACCCUGAUGCGGUCACAAGAGGAGACUGUGGCCGCCAUGAUGAACAUCAAGUUCCAGAACAUUGUGGUGGAAAUACUUAUCGAGAACUUCAACAAGAUCUUCCACCAACCUCCGGACCCCAAUGUGCCCCUGCCGCAACCCCAGAGCCGACCUGGCUCUCGCAGGAGCAGGGCCAUCUGUCUGUCCACGGGGCCCAGAAAGCCCCGCAGCAUCUACACCCCAACGCUGUGCCUGGCAGAUGCAGAAAGUGACACUUUCAGCAGCAGUCCAAGCAGCACCCCCAUGGGCAGCAUGGAGUCUCUGUCCUCGCACUCCUCUGAGCAAAAUACCUCCUCCAAAACAGCCUCCUCGGCUCAGGUCAAGGAGAAGUCGCUCCUGGACCUCCGCAGAACGCCAUCGCAGCUCUCAAAUGGCCCCAGGAGCACGGUGUGUGUGAGCAGCCCCGAGUCAAGCUCCAGGGAGGAUGCAGGUCGUACAGAUGGAGAGUCAGAGGAUGCUCUCAGCUUGUCCUCAGUCAGUACAGCACCCAGGCUGUCUCCUGCACCCAAAAAAGCCCCACACAUCCGCACUGACCUCAGACCAGCACUGCUGAAUCGUUCCGCUGCUCCCUCCCUGAAAUCACUGCAUAUAUCUGAAGGCCACAGGAGCUGCUCUGGAUCUAUCAAAAGUCUGUCAACACUGGAGCCCAAAGAGAGUUUGAAGCCGACUGAGCACCCAGACCUGCCACCAAAACAAGUGAUCCGCCGCAGGAUGGACACCUCCGCCAGCAAUGGCUACCAAAGACCUGGCUCAGUGGUUGCUGCCAGAGCACUGCUUUUUGAAAAUGCCUCCUCCCCACAAUCCGUUCCAGUCGGAAGAGAUGCCAAGGCCAUGUAUUCCUGUGAAGCAGAGCACAGCCACGAGCUCAGCUUCCCCCAGGGGGCGCACUUCUCAAAUGUCUAUCCCUCUGUUGAACCAGGCUGGCUCCAAGCAACAUAUGAGGGGAAAACAGGUUUAAUCCCUGAGAAUUAUGUCGUGUUCUUCUAACAGGUGGUGAACAACUUUUUCAUGGCAUCCAUGGAAAGGAAAAAGACAAGAUGUGAUUGAUUGUUGUAAUGUUGCUGGUAACUAUUAAUUCUGCAUUUUAUGCAUUCCUAACAGAUAUGAAGUUGGGCAGUAAUUGCUUUUACAGUGCUAGAAGUUCAAAGUCCAGGAUUGUACCUCCUUUUCUGUAAUGGCUUCAUGGUGAAAUGCUGGGGAAUCUGCAGAGAUUCAGGUGUAAAUAUAUUUAGCCAAUGACUGCACUGGUGUUUUUUAGUCCCAGUAUUUGCUUACAAAAUCACAAGACAAUCAGAUCCCAUUUCACAAGUUUUAUUCUCAGAAAUAUGUUAUCUUUUAACUUCCCAUUAUAACAACAAAACACUUUCAUCAAGUUUUUAAUGGAAAUCUGUAGUUUCAUAAACAUUUUGUAUUAACUAUCAUUGAACAAACUGUGAUUUAAAGUAAGGAUACUAAACUAAUCUAUUAGAAAAAAAGCAUAAUGGGUUUGCACCUUAACUUUCAUGUUUAUGGCCUGUGAUCAUUGUUCAACCACUGAACCUGCUCACUGCUGCAGUGCACUUUCUGGUUAGCUACACAGUACAGUACUGUACAUUAAUGCUCAUAUUUUCUUUUGUAGUUGCUAAUCAAAAAUAUUUACUUCUUGUAACUGUUUAUUACUAUAAAUUAUCACAUCAGACGUUUGCCGUAUGUAAAAAUUUGUUUUUUUUAUACUGUCAUGAAUGCAAUGUUCAUGAGGUGGAACCUUCACCUUUAAUGCUUGUUGUGGUACUGUACUCACUGGUACACUGGUGUACUAGUAAUGACAACUAGACAUUUAGCAGAUUAUAUUAUGGUAAAGAUGCUGUUUAAUAUUUAAUUUUCUAUUACUGUCACAACAUUUCCAAAGUACAUAAUCAUCUAAAAAGUGAUAUUAUUUCAGGAAAAGUUAAAAGAAAAAAAAUAAUCACAACCUUUUCGUUCUUCAGUUAUUGCAAACUGAAGGUUUACUCCAAAGUAAAACUUUCUCUGGUGGCCAAAAAUUUAUUUGGAAAGUUGUUUGAGAUCUCUCACUUGCCAAGAUCAGGAUGUUCUUUUACAUCUUUAAGAAUGUGAAAUGGCCUUGAACAGUGAUGCUGGAAUAAUACUCCCUUACAGUCUGAAUUUGGAGGAGCAUAUCAGGGAAAUGACAUCCACAUCCUCAAUAUGUAACAUUUGGCAUCCCCCUUCUUUUUUUUUAUAUGGCAAGCUUGUUUCCUUGCAAUCAUCUACUGUGUCUUGAAGGUGCAAAAACAUGUCUAUAAAUAAACAGAGUGAUUUAUUAGA